AUGCAAGAACACGACGCGGUCAAGCCGCUGGUGGAGAGACUACUUGCUCAGCCGUUGCAGUUUAAGCCCGCUACGGCGCCUGAUAGCGUCGAAGGAAAACCCGUUUCGUGCGUGGUGAUCGGAUCUUCGCGCCCAGCGGCGCAUCAUCCAACUAGGCGCGAUGGCACCAACGCCGACGCGUCUGGCCGCACGCAGGGCGACGGAAGAAAGGCGAACGGGACGUCGGGCAACGCCAACGGCAGAAGACCAGUGCCCAAGAACUUUUCGGAGGCACUGCAGAUGUACACGGCGCGGAAACAAAUCCCUAGCGACGUGGAGCUGAGCGACGGGAAGUACCAGAGCUCGAGCGACGGCGAGGGAGCGGGCGAAGAUGUUGUCGACGCCCCUGACGCGGCCGGUGCACAGAGCGAGUCUGGCGAGUCUAGCGACUCCGCCGCGGAGGAAUUCCACGAAGCACACGAGUAUGUCGAGGACGGGUCUUCUGACCCCGGAAGUGGCGCCGACGCGGUGGCGAGCACAGGCGAAGAUCUAGGGGAAGACCUUGGUGAGGACCUUGGUGAGGAUCUCGGUGAGGACCUUGGCGAGGACCUUGGUGAGGAUGUGGGAGAAGGCCUGGGAGAGGAUCUGGGAGAGGACCCUGAAGAGGGAGCUAAAGAAAAUGCCGGUAACUCGAAGCCAGAAACAGAUGCCGAUGAGCGUGAGGCAUCGCUGGGCAGCGUCUCCGACCAAGAUGACCAGGACGAAGAAGAUGCUGAUUUCCAAGACGAUGGCACCGAGGACUCAGAGUUGGAGGGCCCCGACGGCAACAUCACAGAUAGCGAGAAAGCGGGGCUGAUGCGUGAAGCUCAAGAGUACGCCGAGAUGGCCAGCCUUGCCGAUGCUCGCAAAAAGACCGAGCCAGCCGGCGAGGACAACGGCAACGCUGAGGAGGAGAGUGCCCACGAAGAGAAUGAAGAGGAGCUAAAGCACAAGCAGCCUUCCAGCAAGCGCGCCUCCCCCACUCCUCCAACUGUCCUUUCAGACAUGGAUCGCUUCUAUCAGUUCAAUGAGAAGGCAAACGAUCGUGGCGCCAACAACUCUACACGGAUUCUGAAAAACUGGGGGCCUCAGCUUUCCACCAUGAAACCAAAGGGGCUGCUCAACCACGGGGUCACCUGUUACACCAACGCAGCUGUGCAGGCUUUGAUCCAUAUUCCGGCCAUUCAGCACUACCUGUUUGAUGUUUUGCGUGGAGAGUACAAAUCUACCAUAUCACCAAAUUCUGUGACCCAGGUGCUUGCGGAGACAUCAAAACGUAUGUGGUCUACAGACGCUUCCAAGAACCAGUUUAUCAACCCAAAGAAGCUAAUCGGGAGACUGGAGGAUAUCAACUGCAUGAUGAGUGAAUGGCAACAAGAAGACUCGCAUGAGUAUUUCAUGUCUCUAAUCUCGAGGCUCCAAGAGGACAGCGUUCCACGCGGCCACAAGCUAACAGAAAGUAUUCUUUACGACAUUUUCGGCGGUAUGCUGAGGCAGGAGGUUACCUGUAAAAGCUGUGGCGAAGUGUCCAAAACAGAACAACCAAUAUACGACAUCUCCUUACAUCUGAAGGGCAAGAAAAACAGCGACUCCGCCGAUACCGCUAAGAAUAGCUCAGACUUUGAAGAGGAACCACAACGCCGCUUCUCCAUUGAAAAGUCAAUUAGAGAUUUUUUCAAUCCGGAGCUCAUCAAAGUUGACAAGGCUAAUAAAGAGGGGUACGUGUGCGAAAAGUGCCACAAGACCACUAACGCUUCGAAACAUAAUUUUAUCUUGAGAGCCCCGGAAACUCUACUAGUGCACCUGAAGAAAUUCCGCUUCAAUGGAACAUCGUCUUCCAAGUUGAAGCAGGCAGUUUCCUACCCUAUGUUCCUGGACGUCACUGAGUUCUGCGAAAAUUCUAAGACUACCUUGCCAGUGAAAUAUCAACUAAUAAGCGUUGUUGUUCACGAGGGCCGCUCCUUGACCUCCGGCCAUUAUAUUGCUCACUGCAAGCAGCCUGACGGCUCUUGGUCGACGUAUGAUGACGAGUACAUCAACAAGAUCUCCGAAAGGCAGAUGCUGAAGGAACCCGGCGCCUAUUAUCUGGUAUACACGCGUUUGACACCUAGAAGUGUACCUCUUCCCCAGGGCCCAAGCGUUUCGUCAUCCAGUGCAGCUGCAGCUACCAACAGAGCAGAAGGCACUCCUAAGAGCUCCUCUAAGAGAAAGAAGUCCAAAAACAAAAACAAAAAGAGAUGCUACAACAAAUAA